AUGGGUUGUGUCUGCGGACGGCAAAGUGUGGUCAUUCAAGGACAAAAGUUUUAUCUCAUGCGUCAAAUUGGCGAAGGGAGUUUCAGUUAUGUAUUCGAAGCACGGAAUACAGCAGAUAGUCAUCAAUAUGCAGUGAAGAAAAUGUCAUGUCAUACGGAUGAAGAAGAAAAACGUGCGCGAGAUGAAAUAGAAAACUAUCAAAGAUUUUCGCAUUCAAAUUUAGUUUCACUAUUGUAUCACGAACAAGUGAAAUAUAGUCCUAGUGCACAUGUGACAAGUAUUUUCUGGCUAGUUUUCCAUUACUUUAAAAAUGGAUCAUUGCAGAAUGUUUUCGAUAGGCAAACGAAAUUUACUACUCGUGUGUUACUGGAAUUAUUCUUAAGUAUUUGUGAAGGUGUCCGUCAAAUUCAUGAGAAACAAAUGGCACACAGAGAUUUAAAACCUAGUAACGUGAUGCUGUUAAAUAACUCCCAGGGUGUUAUAUUAGAUUUUGGUUCGAUGACACCAGCUACGAUUUCCAUCACAAACCGAUCUGAUGCACAAAAAUGGCAGGAUUGGGCAGAAGAAAACUGUUGCGUACAAUAUCGUGCUCCGGAGUUAUUUCAUAUCGAGACAAACGCUGUAAUCACUUCGAAAACGGACAUCUUCUCAUUGGGUGGGAUUCUGUACGCAUGCUGCUUCGGCAAAGGACCUUUUGACGAUGUAUAUUCAAGAGGAGAUAGUGUUGCAUUAGCCAUUGCCAGUGGUCGCAUUGAACUUCCUGUUCAAUCCUCGACCUAUCCAUCGAUCAUCAUCGAUACCAUGCUUUCCAUGCUUCAUACUGAACCUGAGCAACGUCCAACCGUCGACGAGGUAAUCGAUGUACUCUCAAGUGCUGCGCGUUUGACAAUGGAUAUUGCAUAA